AUGUCCCAUGCCGGCGAGACAGGCACAUCGUCUACCCCGCCACACGCCAAUACACCAUCCCAUGGUACUAGUUGGAUAGAAUCCACCCAAAACUGCCGUGGGGCUGCCGUCAUCAGCGAGAACAUCGGCCUGGUCGGUGAAGUCGGCCCAUGGAUUCAGCGGGACGUCGAGCACGCCAAACAGUGCAAAGCAGAUGCCAUGCUACAAGCCCCCCUGCAGCGUGCUUCUUGCGCUUCGGAGAAUAAACAUCCUGAGAUUCUGAAAAAGUGCCUGAAGACAGCUCUGCCGGUCUGCAACGGACAGGUCUUUGCUGGAGGUAUAUACUCUUCAGCCGUCGAGACAGCCCUGAAAAAAUACGUACGUCCAGGAGCAGAAAACAACUUCUACGGCCCUUUUAUAGAGGCCACCGACAUCGCGCUCGUUUGCCUUGAAGAGAUCAAGGUUGACGGGAUGCGUACUCCUGUCCCCGCCGUGGACAUUAUCUGUCAGCAGAACGAUAUGCCCACGUACCAAAAUCACCGGACCGAAAAAUCAACUUGGAAGCCCGACUGCGUGAUUCUUCCUUUGAACAGCGCAUGCGCUCCCUUCGAGGAUGAGAAGAGCGGCAAUAAGAGUAACCAGAAAGACGACGAGAAGCGCAAGGCUCACAUGGUCAAGAAUGCAAUGGCAAAGUCAGCGGCGCCACUCCCUUGGACAGAUGUUCUAGCUUGCAUCGAGUUCAAGAGAAAGACAGGCAGGAAGAAACAGAUCAAACCGCCGCACUCUUCAUAUAAAGUGAACGACUAUGUUCCUACAAAGCCAGAAUAUCUGCCGGUAGAUCAUCUUAAGGCUGGAGACUCGGCCCCAGCAACACAACCUGCGUCCGACACUUCUCUCCUAUCUUCCGGCCUUACUGCUGCCCAGCCUUCCCAGGGCGGGUCCAGCUCCAAGCGCGAGGCCACGGACACUUUGGAAUCCGCCGCAAAAAAAUCCAGGAUCAACCCUGAUGAGCCAGAUGUGACCGUUCAGACCGGUCUGUACGCUGCUGAAAUGUUUGCGGCCAAUUUUGCUGUCAAUUUUCUAAUUAAUAUUAACACCGAUGUGAUCUGGAUCUGGUAUUAUGAUCGGCAGGGCACCAUUCAAAGCUCGGGCAUCAACUUCAUUCAAGAUCUCCCACGAUUCAUGGCGUUGUUGUAUGCUUUACAACGAUUCGAGCUUAAUGAUUGGGACCGAAACAAGGACUUCCUCCCGGUUCAAGUUGAGGGUAAACGCUGCCAUCAAUUCAGAACCAAGAAUGAGGAACUUGGAGAUGUGGAUCUGCUGCUUCAUAUCAACCACGACGAACGCGUGACGCACUACGGACUGCAAGGACGCGCCACCAAUGUAGUCCUUGUCACUAGCGAAGCGCUCGCGAAGAAAUACAUAAACAUCCAGGAUGGGGUGGUGGUUAAGAUCUUUUGGGGCGAGGUGAAUUGUACUAGCGAGCCGAAAAUUUUGGACAAGGCCAAGGAGAUCGCCAAGGUGCACAGUACCGUAAAAGACCAUAUCCCUGAGCUGCUCUGGCACCACACGUUUAUGAAUCUCACUCGCGUGCUCUAUAUCCUUGUAUUCCACAAGCUCCAACCCAUCACGAAGCUUCACAACAAGGAGCUUUUCGACGUGUGGUAUCAAUGCUACGUUACUUUGUGGAAGGAAGAAGUAUUUCAUCGAGACGUCAGCCCUGGCAAGCUGAUAGGUGUCUUAAACGACUACGAUCUAUCAUCGUUGGCGGAUGACCAGGGUCAUCGAGGCAAUGAGCGCAUGGGAACAAUACCGUUCAUGGCGCUCGAGCUUCUCUCCAUACAGGGUCAGCGAGGUGAAGUCAAAUACCUAUAUCGUCAUGAUCUGGAGUCGUUUAUUUGGUGCUUCGCCCGGAUUUCCUUGCGUUACGAGAAUGGAGCCCUUCUACCAGUGAAAUCGCGUCGGCUGGAUGAUUGGGCCACUUCUGGCGCAGUGACAUGUGACAUGCUUAAGCUAUACCUUCUGAAUAAUCUCAAAGAAUACUGA